AGUCCCGGAGCUGGAGUCUGAGGAUGGCCUGAUAUGAAGGAGUCACGCCUCCAGCCUCCCCGAGCCCCCAGAGCUGCCCCGCAGCUGCCUUGUCCUCCAAGUGCAGGAGCCGGUUGAAAUGUCGGCAAUGGAAGCCAAUGUGACCAUCCCAAUCUGGCAAAACAAGCCACAUGGAGCUGCUCGCAGUGUAGUGAGAAGAAUUGGGACCAACCUGCCCCUGAAGCCAUGUCCCCGGGCAUCCUUCCAGACCCUGCCCAACAUCUCUGACCUGUGUCUGAGGGAUGUACCCCCAGUCCCUACUCUGGCUGACAUCGCCUGGAUUGCUGCGGAUGAAGAGGAGACAUAUGCCCGGGUCAGGAGUGACACACGGCCCCUGAGGCAUACCUGGAAGCCCAGCCCUCUGAUUGUCAUGCAGCGUAAUGCCUCAGUGCCCAACCUGCGUGGGUCUGAGGAGAGGCUCCUGGCCUUGAAGAAGCCAGCCCUGCCAGCCCUAAGCCGCACCACAGAGCUGCAGGAUGAGUUGAGCCACCUGCGCAGCCAGAUUGCUAAGAUAGUGGCAGCCGAUGCAGCUUCGGCUUCAUUAACGCCAGAUUUCUUAUCUCCAGGAAGUUCAAAUGUCUCUUCUCCCUUACCUUGUUUUGGAUCCUCAUUCCACUCUACAACUUCCUUUGUCAUUAGUGACAUCACCGAGGAGACCGAGGUAGAGGUCCCUGAGCUUCCAUCAGUCCCCCUGCUUUGUUCUGCCAGCCCUGAAUGUUGCAAACCAGAACACAAGGCUACCUGCAGCUCGUCUGAAGAGGAUGACUGUGUUUCUCUGUCCAAGGCCAGCAGCUUUGCAGAUAUGAUGGGGAUCCUGAAGGACUUCCACCGGAUGAAACAGAGCCAAGAUCUGGCAGGCCCAAGCGGUGAACCCCAGCAGCUCACGGCCAAUCCCCAAAUCCAAGGACUGGCCAUCACCACCCCUGGCAGCUGAGGCAUACACAGAAAGUCACCGAACGCCAGACACAAACAACGUUACCAGGCCUUGUUCCCAUCUGGAGCCAAGCCCGGACCCCUGGGCCCCCGCUACACCUCCCUCCCUCCCUCCCAGCUGCCCCCCCCCCCUGCCCCCGCCAUUCACUGGGCCUUCCGGUUGAGUCUGUGCCGUACCAGCUGGCUCAGGAGGAACGCGGUCAGGACACUGCUGCCCACGGUGAGCAGAAAGAGGCCAGAGAAGUUGUGGGGCCAGCGGGUAUGCAGAGGCUCAUAGAUGGGCCGCCGGGCCUCGUAGUCCAGUGCCACGGCCUCCAGCUGGGCCAGCGUGCACAGCACCAGGAAGACAUGGAAGAGCUGGUGGCCCUGCCCGAAGACGUGGCAGCUGCCAGGAAACCAGCGCUCAGGCAUGAAGGUGGAGAAGAAAGCGGCGGCCAGCAGGAAGAAGACCACCUGGUACUUGUGGUAGAGAAGAGCCGGGUCGUCUGAGGUAGGGUCAGGGGACACCAGGAUGCGAUGCACCACGGGGCUGAUGUCCAGCGCGUAGGCCAGCGCUGAGGGCACCUCCUGGCAAGUGCGGCCCAGCAGGCCAGGCUUCUGGAUGUACUUGUUGUAGCAGGAGCCAGUGCAAGAAAGCCAGGCGAGAAAGGCGGCCACGGGCAGGAAGACGGCCUGCACCCGGGCGUGCCAGGCAGGCUCGAUGGCGUAGUAGAAGUGUGCCAGGGCGCUGCCGAACUGGUACACGGCCACGCCCACGUAGUCCAGGAAGAAGAAACUGUAAUGCCAGAACUCGGACUUGGCCUGCAGGAGGUGAGCCAAGGCGCUGAAGGAGAGGUAGGUGAAGGACGCGAGGAGGAGGAUGAAGAGGGGCAGCGCGUGCGGGUCUCCCCAGAUGCCCACGGUCCCCACGAAGACGGCCAGCCGCAGCAGCAGCACGACGGCUGCCAGCAGGUGGGUCCACACGUUCACCGCCUCGUUGUGCUGCUGGAACAGCGUGCGGAAGUAGAAGUGCCAGGUCUGAUGCAGCGGCCGGUAGCCCACGUAGACGUACGGCUUCCAGAAGAGCGGUGGCACUUCGGCACGGUCCACUGUGAACACGGGCUCUGGCCGCCUGGACGGCCGAGGCUCCUGGUGGGCCUGCCGCAAACUGGGCAGGAGAUGGCUGAGCUUCUGGGCCACCAUCGUGGCCAUGGCUGUGGGCCAGGCAGGGAGCUGGGAGAGAGGCCAGAGCAAAGUCAGGGGACUGGUGUCCUCGACCCUUGAUGGCACCACCAGCAGCAGCUGGGAGGCUCGGAAGCCCAGUUCUUAGUCCCUCCUUCCUGCCCCCUUGUCCCCACACUGAGUUUCAGAAGAGAGGAGUCGGCCUAAGGGAGAGCUAGCUCAGCGAGGACCCCGUGACUGUACUCCCCGACGUAUCCCAUGUGCCUCGAACAGCGCCUGGCAUGUAGUAGAUGUUCAGUAAAUUUCCGAGGAAUAAUUAAGGAGGCUCACAACCCCAGCCAUUUCCAUCCCAGUCCAGGCUCCACACAGCAGCCCCUGCUGUUUCCUCCUGUGUUCAUGCCGCCAUCUGUGUUCAUCUGGUGGUGACAAUGACCUUGCUGACAGACCCGCUGCCUCUACCUUUAGCCCCUUCCGAGUGACCAGGGUCUCCCACUCACCUUCCAUCACCCUACAUGAUCUGGCCCCUGCUACUUUUUUCCAGCCUUAUCGCUCAACCGCAGUGCCCUUCACAUCCAGCCAUAGCCUCACCACACCCCUGGGCCUGCUGUUUCCCACAUGUCCUCAGGUUGACACAAGCUGUUCCCUCUGCCUGAGACAUUUUCCUCAUCUUGCCUACAUGGCAAACUCCUAAUUAUCCCUCAAAACCCGUUUCUUCUGUGAUACUUUCCCCGGCCCCCCGAACCUCUGAUGAUGACCUCUCUACUUGAGUGCCUACCAUAAGAUACCCAUCCUUUCAUUAGUAUAACGUUCCCCAUGGGCCUUAAACUUGCUGAUGUGAGCUCA